AUGGACAGAACCUUGGAGUCUCUGCAAUAUUUAAUUGCCCAAGUACUGCCUCAUAGAGACCCUGCCCUUGUAUUUAAAGACUUGAAUGUCGUAGCAGUGCUGCAGGAAUUCUGGGAGAACAAACAGAAACAGAGAGCUGUAUUUCCAAGUGAAGGCACAGUGGUGUAUGAGUCAUUGAACUUUCCUGGUCCUCCAUUUGUCAGUUAUGUCACCCUACCUGGAGGAAGCUGUUUUGGCAACUUUCAGUGCUGCUUAAGCAGAGCAGAGGCAAGACGAGAUGCUGCAAAAGUGGCUCUGAUCAACUCUCUGUUCAAUGAAUUGCCCUGUCGCAAGAUCACAAAGGAAUUCAUUAUGGAAAGUGUUCAAGAAGCUGUUUCCUCAACCAGUGGUACUUUAAGUGAUGCGGAUGACCCAAGCACAAGCAUCGGGGCCUAUCAUUAUAUGUUGGAGUCAAACAUGGGGAAAACUAUGUUAGAAUUUCAGGAGCUGAUGAUCGUCUUUCAGCUGCUGCAUUGGAAUGGAAGCCUUAAAGCCCUACGUGAAACAAAGUGCUCCCGUCAGGAAGUAAUUUCCUAUUAUUCCCAGUAUUCCUUAGAUGAAAGGAUGAGAAGUCAUAUGGCCCUGGACUGGAUUAUGAAGGAGCAAGAAUCUCCAGGAAUUAUUUCCCAAGAGCUACAAGUGGCCUUGAGAGAGCUGGAGGAAGCCAGGAAAGCUGGACAAGAAUUGCGGUUUCACAAAGAAAAGAAGGAAAUACUGAGUUUAGCACUAAGCCAGAUCUACAGCGACCAAGUAACCUCAUCCUCAAAUGAUGAUCAAAUGGACCUGGCCUUAAGUGGCUGUCACUAGCACAGCCCUGCUGCCCUGAAGUAGGAUUAUAACACUGAACUCCAACAUACAGCCAUUUGCCAUUUUGUAUAUUCACUCGAGGAGUUGAAGUAGUCACAUUUUUGAAAGAAAAUAUUUUUCAGCUUCAGCUCAGCACAAAAACACAAUCCUCUGGUCUAUUAAGUGAUAGCUUUAAUAUACCAUUCAUAUAACCUGAAUGGAAAAUUGCUGCAGAAAACUUUAGUGCAUAUUAGUGAUGGACUGUGUUGAUCAGUACAAAGUCUUCCUCACCAAGAGAGCUUAGUACAGAGAUGAGGAAAAUAUUUGGUCACAGGGUUCAUACAGACCUAAUUAAAAAAAAAAAGCUAGAGAUCACUAGUACCAGGUGAUGUGAAGGACUAUAGUUUAUGCAUAGGGGCCUAUUACGCCCACAGAUUUUCUUCUACACUGUUCUGGUUUCCUAUUGACAAUGCAAGCAAAUAGUAUGGAUGAAGUCCAUGUAGUUUAUUUUCUCACUGUUACUGUAGCAAGAUUCUUCCAACAGCAUAAACUGUAAAAAAAAAUUUAAAAACAGCUUUUCUGCAAAAGCCUCACUGCAUUUACAACUGCAAACCAGUACAGGACUUUUGACCUUUUAUGUCUAAACCCAAGCCAGUUUGGGUACCAGAGCAGUGAAGCCAUGGCAACACAGACUUCAGCUCAUGCUACCUGAGUAGGGUUCUGGAUGGGCUUGUACAGCCUGUGCUGAAGCCCACGCUGUUGCAGCUUCAAUGCUCUGGUACCGGAACUAGCUAGAUUAAAGCUAGCCGAGAUACAUCUCUCUGUGCUGCAAUCAUACCCUGGGAUUGCAGUGGAGCUAGACUUCGGGGUCUUACAUUUUACACUUUUAUUAUUGCAAAAAUGCAAGCAAAUAAAAGCCAACUAAAAUUA